UGAUUGCCGGUGGUGAGCAUGUCGUCGUCCGGGUCGGCGAUCGGGGUGGCGGGUCCUCUGGUUCCAUCGCUGACGGUCACCCCGCCGUCGGUAACGGGCACGGGCUCUCGCCGGUCCUCGGUGUGGGAAGGUCCGCGCCGUCCUUCAGCGUGGGAGCGCCGCUCGUCCCUCUUCGUCGACGCUGUGGUGGCGGAAGACCUCGUCGCCUGCCACGACGAGGAUGCUGGGGUCACUACCUUAGUACACAAGCAGCAGGUGGGCAUAUACGGGUGGCGCAAGCGCUGUCUGUACCUGCUGGUCACGCUGUUGUUCGCCAUGGUCAUCAUGAACGUGGCGCUGACGGUGUGGGUGCUCAGGGUGCUUGAUUUCUCGCUGGAUGGCAUGGGCCGACUACGCAUAGUGGAGCGUGGUGUCCGGCUCGAGGGAGAAGCAGAGUUUCUGAAUUCUCUAUACGCUGCGCAAAUACGAUCAAGGAGGGAACAGCCCCUCAACAUAGAGUCUUCCAAGAACAUUACGCUCAAUGCCCGAAAUAAUCAAGGGCAGAUUUCUAAUAGACUUUUUAUAGGAAAUUCGAUCGUUGAAGCCUUCGCCGACGAGUUUAGAGUUCGUGACUCGAGGGGAAAGCUGUUAUUUCGGGCUGCCGAUGAUGAAGUUACGGUGGCAGCGGACUCUCUAAAAGUCACUGGUCCUGGAGGCGUAAGGUUCGACGGAUCGGUGCAGACUACCAUUAGUUCGCUCCGGAGACAUACAAGCAGCUUAAGUAAGCUUGAGUCACCUACCCGAAGACUAAAAGUAGAGGCACCGCAAGGCGUUCUUGUGGAGUCCAAAGCCGGAGACAUCAGUGUCGCCUGUCACCGGAACCUUACUCUCCAGUCAAGACAAGGCGAGGUAAAUCUUCUAGACUCGGAACGCAUCGUGUUCCAGAACCUCAAGACUCCGCUGCCGGCGUUCGGGAGCCCGUACAAGAACGUGUUUCAACUUUGUGUCUGCCAGACUGGUGUGUUGUUUCUGUCCGAGCCGGAUGGGCAGUGCCGAGCGGACGACAGCGUCUGCAAGUGAACAAACCUCAGCCAAAUCCAGAACUAUAUACGUACGCCGAGAAUCAAGCUGGCGCGUUUGCGAUCGAGCUUAGAGAAUGUGCAAGGUGCACAUGGGCACGCGUCAUAUGUGAGAGUGGAAGAAGAAGAACAACCAGGGUGACAAGAUGUUUAGGAACAUUGUGAUGAACCACGGCAAGGCUUCGAAAGUAGGAGAUCAGGCCAGCGUUCAAGUACUGCUCCGAAGUACGCCGAGUUAUAUGCUUUAACAAAAGGAGUUCGUAUGCUCGGCGUGUAGUUACCGAUGUGUCAAAAUAAUAACCUGUGAAGAGAGCGAAACGUUAGAAGCGCAUUGUUCGCAGUUAAUACCCGGUUUUUUCUAUGGCGUGGGAAGGGCGGACUAUGGUCAAAACGACACUUGUUUACAUAAUGUGUGACUCUAAUACAAACGAUUUUGUUAAUUAUAUUAAGGCUCAUGUGUUUGGCUGACGUAACACUGCGUUUAUACGAGGAGACAGAUUUGUAUGUAUAGAUUGACAAUGUAAACGCUUAUAUUAAUUCAAAAUAUUUCUGCUAUCGCAAGCAUAAGGUGAGCGUACAUUCAGAUAUAAUCAUUCUCGAAUAAAGCAGGGUCAUUCAUUCGAACCAAUAUUCACAACAAUAGCCACAGCGUGGACUAAAUAGUAAAUCAGGCAAAUGACAUUACAACGUACGAAUAUAGACAGAAAACAACAAAUAAUAGACCCAGAUGUUAACCAGGUGAAUUGUUUGGUUCAGUCAUGCUCACAACUAAUCGGCUCUACAAUGUUUAAAGCGAGCAUAUAACGGCUAUACGGCUGAAAAAAAAACAUAUUUCAUUCGUGCUGUCCGGGUACGGGUUAUUUAACAUAUUUCAACGAAUGACUUGUUUUUGGUUUGACAGCUUCAAUGUUUAAAGUAGAGCGGGGACUAUACUUGUUGCCUGAAGACUGUUGCCUUAUACGUCACGUUAAGUGUUUGUAAAUAAACGUAUCUCGAACGUUUUUUACAA